GAGUCCUUGGGGGAGGAUGACGGAGGAGGCAGGAGGUGGACUCCUCAGGCGGAAUUAAGGGCAAGAGACAGCAUGGGCUUAAAGAGAAGAGAGUGAGGCUGCACAGCUGGUGGAAGGAAGGAAGGAAGAAGCAGACAGAGGCACAUACUAGGGCAGCAGCAGAGAUGGAACAGGAAAAGGAGAAGCCCCUUCAGGAUGGGACCACUCCCUCUACCCCAAACCAGACAGCAAACAAUUCUGGACCUGAGGGGACUGGAUGCUCCACAGAGGAGGAGUUAGCCAAAGACAUGGCCCAGAAGAUGUCCAAUAAGGAAUCUGCAGACACGACGAAGGCUGAACCCAAGAAGGAAGAGAAUAUAACAGAGGAAGCCAAGUCUAAGUCCAAGAUAGAGGCUGACCCAAAAGCUAAGUCUGAUCCCAAGAAGGAAGGUGAUGAAAAAGAGGAGACCAAACCUGUAGCUCAGGGAAAGGCAGAUGAGGAAGAAGAGGCCAAGUCCGGUUUGAGAAAAGAUGCUAAUGGGAAAGAGGAGGCCAAGUCUGAACCCAAGGAAGAGGCUAAUGAGAAAGGAGAAGACAAGACUGAACCCAAAGAAGAGGCUGAUGGGAAAGGGGAGGCCAAAUCUGAACCCAAGGAAGAGGCUAAUGAGAAAGGAGAAGCCAAGAUUGAACCCAAAGAAGAGACUGAUAGGAAAGAGGAGGCCAAGUCUGAACCCAAGGAAGAGGCUGAAAGGAAAGAGGAGGCCAAGUCUGAACCCAAGAAAGGGAAUGAUAAAGAAGAAACCAAAUGUAAUUCAACAGAGGGGGCAACAAAAGAAUCUGAGAAGGGGCAUAAGGAGACUUCCUGUUCAGAAUUGGUGGCAGAAACCAUUUCUGACACUCAGGUCAUCCAGGAGGUAGGUGGUACUGAUGGAGAGCCAGGCAAUGAGGCUGAGGAACAAGGAGAAGGCUCAGGAGCAAUGCCCAGCUCCCCAGAGGAGUGGCCAGAGAGCCCCACAGGAGAGGGACAGGACCUCAGCCCAGAUACCAUUGGUCCAGACAGCCCAACAGCCAGUGACUCCUCCCCCAGCGAUGUCCCCCAGAGUCCCACAGGUCCCUCUCCUUCUGAGGAGAAAAAGAAGGAGAAGCCAUCAGAACCCAGAGCCUCUGCUCCAACUCGACCCCGAGGACCCAGGGCUCAGAACCGAAAAGCCAUCGUGGACAAGUUUGGUGGGGCAGCAACAGGCGCUGCCCCCCUUUUCCGGAAUGCCAAGGCAGCAGGGGCAGCUGUGGGCAGCGUCAGGAACAUGCUGCUUGAAUGGUGUCGAGCCAUGACCCGAAAAUAUGAGCACGUGGACAUCCAGAACUUCUCCUCCAGCUGGAGCAGCGGGAUGGCCUUCUGCGCUCUCAUCCACAAAUUCUUCCCUGAUGCCUUUGACUACAGCGCCCUCGAUCCCAAGCAGCGCCGAGAGAACUUCACCCUGGCCUUCUCCACUGCCGAGAAUCUAGCUGACUGUGCCCAACUGCUGGAAGUAGAUGACAUGGUCCGGCUGAGCGUCCCUGACUCCAAAUGUGUCUACACCUACAUCCAGGAGUUGUACCGCAGCCUUGUGCAAAAGGGACUGGUGAAAACCAAGAAGAAGUAAAGAACAUGAGAGUCCGUGGCAGGAGCAGCCCAUAAGGACAUCUGGUUGAUGCUAAUGGGACUUCCUCUUGCUCUUUGGCAUCCCUCAGUUAUUUAGGAGGUGACUAAAGACACAGGGAGGACAGAGGCAUAUGGGGCAGCACAGUGACAUCCUGGGGCUUCUAGGGUCCAUGCCCCCAGUCCCCAGGCACCCUACCCCAAGAUAAGGAAUAGCCAAAGAAACUUUCCUGAGAACACUC